UCAAAACUCAACCCACUCGGACUGAGCCAACCUGUUGAGCGGAUUGUUUAGGGUGUUGGUUUCAGUCUGUCUAGAUCCGAUUUUUACGUGUGUUUAGGGUGGUUCCUCCACAACCACGUUUCAAACUUCAACGUUUCAGUUUCUUUCUCCUUGAUAAAGGUUACAACCACAUCGUCAUGAUGAAGACUUUGGCACUAGUUUUCUUGACACUUUUUUCCCUUGUGUUGGCAGAAGGUCAGAAGACAACAGAGGAAGACCCCUUCACUUUUGAUUAUCACAGACUUCGAGUUGGAGGUUUGAUCUUGGCAGCAGUUCUGUGUCUGAUUGGCAUUACUAUUCUCCUAAGUGGCCACUGCAGAUGCAAAUUCAACCAGGACAAAAGGAGGAGGACAGGAAGUAACGCUCAAGCGAUGCUCAAUGACACAGCAAGGGCCAGCGAAUGCUAAAAACCUGCUGACCUGACCAGAACCAAUCAGAGGAGAUGGUCUGCCUUCCUUUAUCUCAUGUGCUGGUUUAUCAGAGGAAUCAUUUCUCUUUAAGACGAGGAACCUGAUACAAAGGUUUUCUGUGUUUUCACUGCUUAUCUGCUCUCAGAUUAUAGAGGAGGAAGGUGAAAACUCAUGUAGGCCUACCAUUUUUUUUUAUGCCAGAUGUGUCUUUGUAAUGUCACUUAAUAUAAAUUGAUCACCAAAAUUUUUCAUGUAAAUUGUUUUUUUUUAUCCUGUCAGUAACUGUAUUAAAUUAUGUUGGAUGUAGGUAUGAAAGGGAAAGCUUUCAAUGGCAGUGUCCUGAUUCAGUCUCAUAUGGAAACCUUUAACCAAAUAUUGCUGUAAGCUAGUGAA